GAUGCUAAGGAGGUAGCUAAUGACACGGCAGCCAAGGAGGCGCCAGCAGCUGAUGCCGCGGCACCCAAAGAGGAGGAAAAGAACGCAGCUCCUGCCGCAAAGGAGGCAGAGAAACCUGCCGCCAACGCUGAGCCCAAAACGGAGGCGCCCAAGAGCGCAGAGCCCGCCAAGGCCGAGGAGAAACCAGCCGCCCCGGCCAAAGAAUCGGCCCCGGCCGCGAAGGAAGCCGAGGCUAAGGCCGCGGCGCCCACCCCUGCAGCCGAGAGCAAAGAUGAGGCCGACGCCAAAAAGACUGAGGCCCCUGCGGCACCAGCAGCCAAAGCCGAAGCGGCCCCCGCUGCCUCCCCCGACCCCAAGCCUACAGAGGCAGCGGCAGCUCCCGCCCCGGCAAAGGAGGCCACCCCUGCUCCUAGUUCAACACCAGCCGCCGAACCUCCCAAGGAGGCAAACGCCACAGAGGCACCAAGCAAGGAUCAAACCGUAGCAGUUCAAGAUUAAUGGACAGCCACUUUUCGGAAAUGAAGAAAUAAAUUACCUAACUCAACAACGAUGAAGAUUAAAAAAGAAAGAAAUUUACUAGUCCACCCAUAUUAUGAUAAUAACAAUAAUAAUAAUAAUUGUAACGAUGAAGAUAUGUUGAUCGAGGAGGACUGAAGCAACCACCUGGAGAAGUUUCCCACCGCUGCAGAUGAUUAUUGCUAUUAUUAUUGUUAUGUUUUAUUCUAUUUUUUUUCUGCUGUAGUAUUUGAACUUUGAUACGAGUGUAUGUCGGCCAUACGCCUCGCCAUUUAUCCGCCAUUCCUCUCGCUCAUACAGUCCCACAAAGUUUGGCCUGAUUCCCACGUCAGCCCACAGAAGGCUCCUGCAUUCGAUCUGUGGACGUCUAAAUUUUGGGGUUCUGAUGGAGGGAAGGGGAGAGGUUAAGAAAACACCUUACCAGCUGGACUCAAGUCGAAUCGGUCCCCUCUUCGGCUCUCCCUCUUCCUCUCAUCCUCCUCGUCAGAAUAUCGUGAUUUUGGCUCUGGCCUGGUACCUCCAGCUUUUCAGUGCUGUGGAGUCGUGGUUGUGGUCGUGCGUGAUUGUGCGUGGUAUUGUCGGGUUGUGUUGCUUCCUAUUUUUCUCUCUAAAAAGAUCCCACUUCCUUUGAAGAGCUUUUACUUGGAGAUUCAUUGCGAGGACUGGGAAUUUUCAGGCUUUCUAAGGCAUUUCGCAAGGUUGGUAAAGGUGGGCUUUGCAGAGAAAAAAAAACAACAUUAGACAUUAAACAGUUGUAGGAUUUUUCAGAUAAACUUCUACAUUUUGUACUGAAACCCUUAGCUAUAUUGUUAGUAAACUAAGUGGGUUUUUUAACAUUUGUAUUGCUUAGAUAAUCUGCAAAGCCUCGCCGAAAAGAUCUCUAAAAUGUUCUUAGAAAGUUCAACGCAAACCUCUCGUCCUCGAGCAAAAUCCGAAGACAAAUUAGAGUAAAAAUUAUCUACGUUUUUUUUGUUUGUUUGAAAAGACAUAUCUUUUGCUGACCCGGGUGAAGUAGACAGCACGGUCACAUCUUAGAGGUUGUUUGAACUUGCUUAAAAUACCAAGAAGGUGAUGUUUGCUCCUUCAUGGGUAGAGCUCAGUUAGCGAAUGCUCAGUUGUGCCUUUGUAACCUAAAUAGACAAGACUGGCACUCAAACAUCCUGCGAUUGUCUGGAACACAAAUCAUUUCCUUAGCGAAAGUAAAAGGGCGUUUGAGACACACUUUCGAUUCAAGUAUUAGCAGCACAAAACGUUUCUGAGAGGAAAAAGUCAACAGUGGAUUCUUUUACUUUGAAAUAAAAAUUGUUACAUGCUCACAUACAAUCUCCUGACACGGAAAUUUCAACAGUUGAAAAAGACACUACCCAACUAGUAGAGCCGUUUCAUAUUCAAUAUUCAAGUUUAAAACCUUACAGCACUAAAGCAGUCUGCCCUGUUGAGCAAACCUCACCCUUUUGGUAUCAAAGCAGUGAAAAGGCCUUAAGCGAAGGCGCUCACAAUGCUGUUUGACCCAGGUCUGAUUUACUGGGUUUCGAAUCAGUGUAGCUUUCCACCACUAACAGUCCGAUACCACUGAAGAACAGGCAGGAGGCAGGAUUUCAGCAAACGAUCAGAGCCAUCAGCAACCAAUUCAGUGUGAUAUGGUCCAUGUUUCUAAGGCUGGAUGGAAGGGAGCCUCUGAUUUAGUCAUUAUCGCCAUUCGUGCAUUUUCCUUUACUGUUUGGAAAUAUAGGUUACAUGUAUGUACAUCUGUGCAGUGGUGGAAGGAAAAGUACUAAAGUACACCUUUGAUACAUUAAAAACUAGCAAUAUUGAUAGAUGUCUCCACCCAAAUUUAUUUUUACUGUAAACACCAAGCACACUUUUGAAAACGCCCAGCUUCCACCGCUUGAGGAACUUUUUUUAAAAGCCAAAACACUUUGAAAGAAUCAUGACGAUAUCUUUGGUCGUGACAGUGGAGUCCUGCAAACGAAAAUAGCUUGGGACUAAAUAUCCACGGCAAAACAUUAGGAUUCCAGCAAAGGAGAGACUUGGGUUGAGUUGGGGAUGGACGAUGUAGCAUAGAAGAAAGUAGAAGAGACAUAAAUGGCAUGUGAUCCAGUGGGUAUGCCAACAACAGUAUCUUGCAUCAAAUAUGACGUCUUACCCAAGUGUAUUAGAACCACAUUGCACAGUGUGGCUCAAAUUGCGUGUAUGGAGACCUUUAAGGGUUUUUAGUGGGAGUAAUCUUGCACAGAGAGCAGUUGUGAUAUUGACUCCAUUGUUGGUUUUUCAGUCGUGUUCAUCACUUGUGCGAGUAGGACGUGGCGGUCGUUCGGCAUGGUGUUAACUCCACCCAUCCUCCGCUACUAAUGAAUGAAGUUAAGGUGACAUUACAGUGUUUUACAGAGCUGAGCAUCCUUAAAAUCUCAGCAACCAGCAAAAACCAGCCCAUCAGAUUCACACAUGUGCACCAGGUUUACGGUGAUACUGAGACAGUUCUAACCGACCCCAUAGCAUCACUUUUAAAUGCAUUGGUUAAGACUAACCCAAAUCUCUGUCUUGUACUAAACCUGCGUGCAUGUGCGUCAUGCUGCUUGUGUCUUUAGCACAGUGCAGUUAUGCAGCACUCUCAGUGCAAACAAGUGAAAAUAGAGUACCAGGAAAAACAAAGGAGGGAUUUUUAUCAUUGAUACUACAGUAGAAACAUUUUGAUGAUUAUCAUAAAAGGAAGAGAUGACAGUGAAAGAAAACCAGCAGGACACAUGGAAGGAAGAACGUGAAGGACAAGAAAGCUCAGAUUUUAGAUUGUACUUCAUGAUGAACACAGUGGAGGAAGUAGUACGACUUUAUUGAGCUACAUGCUUUUGCACAAAACAGUCAAGUAAGGUACCAGCAACCCAAAAUUGUGCUUGGCUUAUUCAAACCAACAUUCGUCUUUCCACCUUUGCAUGUAUGUAAGUAUAUGUAUAUAUAUAUUUAGCCAUCUCAGCCAUCCAUCUGCCACUUUUCAGUUCCGUCCAUGUGACGCUCAGCGUUUUCCUCCCAGCACUCGUCAAACCGUAGCAGAAACAAACACUCGAGGAGCGCCGCUUGUCACUUGGCUCAGUUUUUUCUUCCUCUCUUGACUCAGUAACUUGCAUGUCCGUGGUUGGGUGAACCUGUAGUCCUGUCUUUUUGGUCAAGUGGAAAAAAUAAUAAUUUUUCGGUCUGCAUCCAUGGCAACUACAGUUGAUAUUUUCAUCCCAUGUUUCAUCACUGCUACUUCCGCACCACACGUUCAGACAAACAAACAAAAAGAUGAUAUGGAAAUUGAUGCAUUCAAAAUUAUAUGUACUUGUAUAAAUGGUGGAACAGUAAUAAAAUGUACGAAAUUGACUCGA